UGUUGAUUCGUGAUUGCUCAUCGAUAGAUGCGGAGCGCCGUGCCGUUCAGCCUGGUGCAGUUCCUCUGCCUGUCAGCAGGGGGAGCCCUGGCCGCAGUGUCCUGCUACAAUGACCAGGGGAGUCCUGUGGACUGGUUCUAUCUGUACAAGCUGCCCCAGCUGUCCCAUCAUGCCCCCGGCUCGGGGCUGCUCUAUCUGCUCCUUCAGCAGGGGAAUGACUCGUGGGUGAAGGGGGCGUCGCUGGUGAACAAGAGUGACGGCGCGCUGGGCAGGACCGUGGGGCAGCUGUACAAACUGAGACAGCCCCCCCUGUCUUCCCUUGUCUCCCCUGCCCUCCUGCCCUUCCUGCCCUCCUGCCCCUCCAGUGUUGUCCUAUUGGAUAAGACUCAGGGCUUCUGGCUGGUCCACAGUACGCCUCACUUCCCCCCUAGACAGGAAGUGGGGGAGUUCUCGUACCCGAGCACAGGCGUGGAGAAUGGGCAGAACUUCUUGUGCAUGACCUUUCCUCUGGAGAGAUUCGAGGCCAUCG